AUGAUGGGCUAUGAGGGUCGCUGUGUCCUUCUGGAUGACACUGAUGAAUGGGUGAAUAUUCCAUUUGUGGUACGUGAGUUUAUGAAGCAACUGAAUGAUGAAGCACAAUCAUCCCGGGUCGUGGUGGAAUCGCUCCGGCAAGAGCAAAAAGAGACAAGUCUGCUACUGCGUCGAGUGAUGCAAAAGCAGGCGGAUCUAGAAAUCGAUAACACCCGUAAUAUAUUGUCACUGAAUCACCACGCCUCCAGAGUUGCCUACGACUCCACUAUGAAGCGGCACACAGAGCAGAUCCACUACUUACGCAAAAAGGCAGAUGCAUUUGAUACCAAAAUGCAGCACCUUUCUUCACAUGUAGAAGGACUAUCACAGGCAGUCCUUUCUUCCACAAAAACCGUCGGUGCCUUUGGUGAGUUGAAAGGGCUUGUCACAGGGCUUUCCACAAAGGCGGAAACGACGGAGAGGCUGCUCAAGGAUCACAUCGAUGCUUACACUGUGGCUCAGAGGCCCACCGAAUCGCUGGUCGACACAAGUGCAUUGGCGGCUGUCACAGACAUACAGAAAGCGUUUAAGAACCAACUGGACGUUUAUAGCGCACGCCAAAAUAGUCUGGAGAAGAGCGUUGAGGUCCUCCGAAAAGCUUCCAGCACUCAAGAAGAGGAAAGUAGCAGAAUUCGCGGCAUAUGCGGGGAGCUAUCGCAGAUUGUGGAGGUAGAUCAAAAGACGAACAAGGAUCGCCUAACAUCGUGCUUUAAUACAAUGGAGAAGCUCGAGAAGCUGUGCGUUGCGCAGCAUACCGAGCUGGAAACACGUAUGAAGCGUGCGGAGGAAACUUCUCUUGGGUGCGAGUCCAGAUCACACGAAGAAGUCAAAUCUCUCUAUGCUGAACUUGGUGGUCUUCUCAAAGAGAAUCAGGCUGAAACGCGGCAGCGCUGUUGCGAAUUGGCAGAGGAGUUGCGAGCGGUAAAGGAACAGCAGCGGCGCCUGGUAGAGCAGCUGGCGACUGCUAAUGAUGAGGUCGAAAGUGUCACACAACGUGCCGUGAAGCAGAUGAAGGAUAUCUCUGUGCGCCUUGCUAGUGUGGAAACAGAGGUGGAGCAGUUUGGUUCCACUUUCGUGGCUCGCCGCGACCAUCAGAAGGAGCAGCGGCAGACUCAGGAAUCGCUUGACAUAGUCAGGAGUUCGGUAGCAGACACCGUGGCGGCCUUUCAGACUCAAGUGCAACAACUCUCCACUUCCAUCAAGACGAUGCGGACGGAGCAAGGGGAGGAUAAUGAUUGGCUGCACAACGAGCUGGGCCGCAUCGGCACAAUUGUCGGCUACACGUCACAACAGCGUGAAAAGCAGGAACGGCAAGUGACGUCUUUGUGCGAAAUUGUGCAUAAUCUCUCGGUCGCUGUGGACGGGCUGCAGAAGGGGUGCGGCGCCGCUGCGGCACCUUCUCCGGCGCCCGCUGCUUCACCAGCGCAGGCGAACACACCAGAGAGUUGCAUCAACCAGGAGGUUCCAGCGGCAUGGGAAACAUGGCGGUCGACCUUUAUGAAAGAUGUGGAAGGGAAGAUCACAGCGGCUGUGUCACCGAAUUUACAGCCAUACACAUCGCCGCCUGUACUUGAGCGCGUGUCUCAGCAGCUGAACGAGCUGACCGCGAAGGUGGACGGCGGUGCCAAGUACACGCAGGCCAUCAUGUCACAGCAGAUGGAUCAGAUACGGCACAUUGUGAGAGAUGAGGUGAUGCAUCAGCUGCAGUCGCACCCAGUACUGCGUGAAGUGACGCCAGCGUUGGCUGAGGUGGAGGCGGUAAAACGCCGCGUGGCAGGGGUCGAGCUAAGCCUGCACACCCUGCCAGCACGAGCCGACCGAUGGAUCGUGGAUUCUGAAGCUGGCGGCCUCUCCUCAGCUGAUUCCGUGCUGCAGCGUGUUCUCGUGGUCGAGCAGGCGAUUGAGGACUUCAAGCGUCGGCUGCUGGAGCUCGGCGAGCAUGUGAUAGGUGUUGACCAGCGGGGCAACCAGCUUGCCUGCGGCGCUCACGAGAUGGAGGCGCAACUGCAGGACCAGCAGCGCAUGACGCUCAAGCUGGGCACUGAUCUGACGGCGGCGCUGGAGAGCCUGUUGCAUACGGAGCAGUCUCUUUCCCUCCACCAAAGUUCGACGGCACUGCAGCUGUCGGAGGUGCACACGUGGCUGGAGAAGUGGAAGCGUGAUGCAGCAGCGGCACCAACUGCGGCUGCGCCGUCCGUAGAGCCACCAUGUGCGCAAAAGGGCGCCGCUUCUCAAACAAGCGCCGAUGGGUCUUGCAAGAGCCUAAGCGCCGGGGUUGCCCAGUUGGCGGAAACGGUAGAGCGCCUUUCCGCGCAGGUGGCUCGAGUGGAGACAGAUAUACUACAAGCAGUGCACGCCGAUCUUGAAGCAGUGCGAAGCGAGUGUGCUGCUGUUGCUGCUGCACGAAAAAUUGAGAAGGGCAACGUGUCUUCACCCACCACCAAUGCGCUCGACACAGAAGAGGUGCACGCUGCCUACAAAGAGCUUCAGCACCGCCUUGACGUUGAGGAGUCGUUGCGUCAUGAAGCGGAGGCGGCGUUUCGCGCAGUGGAAGCACGGCUUCUAGCCGUAGAGAGGUGUGCUUCGGAGUUAUUGUCCGCUCUUCCUAAAGAAGUCUCCCCAUCCGCGGGCAAUGCAGACUCGACUGCCACGGCGGCGGCCGUGGCAUACUGCACUGGUGAGUUGGCACGAUGCCAUGAGCGACUCGACGUAGUUCAGCAUCAGCUCACUAGCAACACGUGCCGCUGUGCCAGUGAAGCGGAGAGGGAUGUUCACUGCCGGGAUGUGCAUCGACUGCAGCAGGGUCUGGAGUGCUUGCAGGAGGACAUGCAGGCCUUUGUGGCGUCACAGCUCUGCACAAAGAUACGUGAGGCAGAGCCGGCCUUGGUUGAGGCUGCCACGACUGCAGCCGUCCUCCGCUGUCAGGAAGCGCUGAAGGCAGCUGCUGAGUCGACCGCGACUGCGGUGGAUGCACACGCGAACGCAAAGAGCGUAGCGGCACUGCAGGCUGCUGUGGAGGCGGUGCAACGCACCCUGGACGAGCACAUAUCGACUGUGCUCGAGGGCCGCGACCGUGUCGAGGGCAUGGCACAGGUGCUUGGUGCUACUGUUGAUAGCCUUAACGGACUAGAGACGGCACAGUUGGAGUUUCGCAGAGAGCUGGAAAGAGUACAAUCGGCACACCAAGCGCACCAGCGAGACUUGUCGCUUCAGCUCGAGACUGUCGUCAGCAGCAUCGAGACCAAGGUUGAUGAACUGCGCGCCAACGUGAAGGGGUCUGCCGUCGUGUCAGCGGCUGAGUCGUUGGAGGCAGGCAACUGUGCGCAGAAACCCUCUGACGAUGCUAAAGCGGCCUGGGUAGCGGAGGUAGUCGACUCGAUGCACACCACCUACUACACACGAGCACUUCUCGAGGAGCGACUGGAGAACAUAUGGUCUUCGAUGAUUAGCCUUCUCACGCGCAAGGAGGACGUCAGCGCUGUGCACGACAAGCUCAACGGCCUCCAUCAGCUCAUGCAGGAGGAGAUGCAGAUUGAGCUGCAGCGACUUGAGGGGCAGCUGGCAAAUCAGCUGGCAGAGAAGGUGAGCUUGGCGAACUUGCAGGAUAUCUUGGAACAUCACAUCUUCAGCUCAGACGCCCACUCUGACGACAUCGUCAUGUGA